UUGAGUAAUUUGCAUUUCAUUUACAUGUAGUUUUUUUUUUCUUUUUGAUCGAAUUUUGCCAUCCGGAUAGAGCUACAAGUAGACUUUUGUGAAUUUAUACCUUGAACAUUUCUGAUUGUUUAACGAUUUGGAUACUUUUUAAUUUCCAAUGUUAGAGCAAGAUGGGUAUAAGAACUCUAGCUGUGCAAAUUGACGAUCUUAAACAAGAAUACUUUCCCGGAAACCAGGUAUCUGGCCGGGUCGUGCUGGAAAUUAGCGAAGAACUUAAAGUCAGAAAAAUCGAGCUUCUGUUUAAUGGAUUCGCGGAUGUUUGCUGGACAGAGACGUAUACCACCCAUGAUAACCAACAACGGAGUGUCACUCACUGUAGCCAUGAGGACUACUUUGAACAGCGAUUCCCGCUCUAUGGAAAAGAGGAAACGGGCGAGGAGGUAAGUGUGAUGGCCCCUAACGUGUACACGUUCCCUUUCACGACCACCAUCCCCUUCAACGUGCCAUCCUCGUACGAAGACCAGACUGGCCAGGUCCGGUACAUGUUCAAUGCUAACGUCGACCGCCCUUGGGCGUUCGAUAUGCACGCACAUCACAAGAUCACCGUCAUGGACAUACUGGACCUAAACACUUUGCCCUAUCUCGAGAGUCGGGCUGAGAAGACUGAUCAGAAGGUUUUGUGUUGCCUUUGCUGCGCCUCGGACCCAAUCUCCGCGCAUGUACGGCUGGAGCGGCAGGGCUACGUGGCCGGGGAGGAGGUCCAGUUCUGGGCGGAAAUCAACAACCAAAGCAACCGCACUAUGACAUGUUCAAAGGGUUCUUUAAUAAAGUCGGUUACAUAUCACGCGAGUUCAGCAACGCGAACCGCUAAAACCGUUCUGUGCAAAUUACGUCACGGCAAGAUCGAGGGAGGCGGAACGGACACCUUCGUUGGGGAACGGCUCCAUAUCCCAGCGGUGCCGCAAUCAUUCCUGAGGGGGUGCGGGAUCAUCGACAUAAGAUAUUACGUCAAUAUCCGAGUCGUCCCUUUCGGAAUAGGGGUUGAUUUGAAUGUUCCCAUAGAGAUAGUGAUUGGUUCUGUCCCUCUGCGCAACAUCGCUCAACAACACGGUUUUGCACUUCCAUCAGCGCCGCCAUCACUUUGAACAAGAUCUACCGCUUCGAUCGGACAUUCCACCGCCUUAUGCUGGUGCUUUUCAAGAACUAUACUAAGACAAAGUCAUGCCGUCAGCACAGCGUACACGACGCAGCUAUUUUAGUCCGUCUGUUCUAUAGGAAAACUUUUGGUAUUGAAGUUGUUACAUAGUGUGUUUGUAUGCAUUAUGUUUAUGUUUUGAAAAAAAAUAAAAUGACAUUAAACGUG